AAAUUCCCCGCAAUUUUAUGUACAUUGCCUAAUACGUUGACUGAAGAUAAAACAUUCAUUUUACUAAAACUGUAAUUUAACACUUACCGAUUGUUCGGAAUUUUUUCAAACGAGAAUGACGCAGUUUGGAAAGGGUAGAAUCAGGGACUGGGAAGAAUUCUUACUAUGCCGGCUCACAGGUAUUUUUAAAUUGUGACAAUGGAUUAAUUCGAGAAUAGUGUAAAUACGACGUUACUACACGUUAUGCCGUCGAAGAUGACGAUGCACGUUCUUAGAUGAUGAAUCAUAAUUAGCUUACAGGUACAUACAUACAGUACGUAAGUUCAGGAGAGUUGCAGCGACGUAUUCUUUUAUGGAAUGAUCUUGUUGCGUUCUUUGACCGUCAUGAUGACCUCAUGUCCGAUUAUAGCGGCCUGCUUUUGGCAAUUAAGUGGCUAAUCCGAGUUAAUAAAGCCGCCAAAUGGUCGAAAGUAAAGCUGUUCAAGGCCGAACUUCGUUACAUUCCUUUCAUAGGUACUCGAAUUUACUGAAACACAACUACGGAACAUCUACACACGAAUUUACUUUCAAAAAUUUGCUAAUAAUUAUGGAAAAUACCCAGGAUGCGAUACUGGUUGACUUGGCCAAGAUGGAACAUCUUUUGCGUGAUAAGUUGAUCGAAUUACAGAUGAAAACGAAUAAUCUGGAGGAGCUGCAACGAGAGCUUGCACAGGCUCGUCAAUCUUUGUAUGAAAUGGAGCGCCAAGCCGAAGAGGAGAGACGACAGUCUGAGCUGAUGCGAGCUCAGUUAGACUUUGCUAUGGCAGCAGCUAGGCGAUGGGAAGAAGAAAAAACUGUGAACAGAUGUCAACAAAUUCAGUCGACCAUGUAUUCUGAAACUGUAAUAAGAGAACGAGAUUCUCUGCUUCAUCAGACGAAAAAUCUACAGUUAGAAAAUAUGAUGCUAAAACAAAAAAUUCAAGAAAUCGAAACGAUCAAUGCCAUCAGAGGACCAAUUGAGGAAAAUUUCAUGGAAAUGAAAAAUAAAGUAUCACUCAUCAUAAACACUGCUACUAGCGAAAUUGAGAAACUACACCGGGAUCUUGAAAAUCUACAGAUUUCUGUAAAUGCAGCGAAUAAGCUUAACGGGCGACUCCAGGCUGCGGGUAUGUGCAGACACGCAAUAGAAGAGAAGUACAGAGCACGAAUUCGUGAAUUAGAAAAUAAACUAAACCCAAUCAAUCAGUUUCGUCAGUGAAUCUUGACAUGGAGUAUCACACAGGUGUCUAUUUUUAAUAAUAAUAGAAGUAAUAAUAAUUACUUUUAAGUAUUAAAAUUCUACUAAUGUAUAAUGUUAUUAGAAUAUAAAGUAAUUUGUAAAUAAUGUAAUUUGGAUUGGCGAUAUUUAAUUUAACACCAGACUAUUAAAAAUUAAAUUAGAUUAACAAAAUCGAGGAACAAUGUACUCUAAACUUUGAAUUCGAACGAUAAUAACAGGAUAGUGGCAAAAGGCAGGGCUUCUUCAACGAACAUACACACGCACACACAGAGAUAUGUAGGAUUAAUAUAAAAUGUAUUAUCGUUUGUAUAUUCGGAACUGAAUUGAACUGGGUCAAAAGA